UCAACAAAUUUAGGUUAGAUCUCACUUUCAUUCUUCUAUCAUCCAAGUACAGAUAAAAAAUUUAAUUUGUUUAAAGAUGAAUAGUGCAUUGGAAUAUUUUAUAUGUGGGGGAUUUGGAGGAAUAUGUACAGUAGUGGUAGGACACCCUUUAGAUACCAUAAAGGUUCGAUUGCAAACUAUGCCAAUACCUAAAGCUGGAGAACAAGCAUUGUAUAAAGGCACCUUUGAUUGUUUUAGCAAGACUAUUCGAAAUGAGGGGUUCAAAGGUUUAUAUAAGGGGAUGGGAGCUCCUUUGGUUGGUGUAGCACCAAUUUUUGCUAUUUCAUUCAUGGGCUAUGGAGUAGGAAAAAAAAUAUUUGGUCCAUCAAGUGAUUCGAAUGAAAAUUUCACUUAUACACAAUAUUUCACUGCUGGGGCUUUCUCAGGUAUAUUCACCACUUUGAUUAUGGCACCUGGGGAACGAAUCAAAUGUCUCCUACAAAUUCAACAAGGUUCUAAGACACCUAAACUGUAUGAUGGACCAGUUGACGUAGUUAAAAAACUAUAUAAACAAGGGGGUCUGAAAAGUAUAUAUAGGGGGUCUGCUGCCACACUACUCAGAGAUGUCCCAGCUAGUGGUAUGUACUUCUUGACAUACGAAGCGAUAAAAGAUUAUGCUACCGAUUAUGGUAAACAUGAACCAAGUAUAUUGGGAACAGUUUGUGCAGGAGGUUCAGCUGGAAUAGCGAAUUGGUUAAUUGGAAUGCCACCAGACGUAUUGAAGAGUAGACUUCAGACAGCCCCUGAAGGCACUUACCCAAAUGGUAUCCGAGAUGUGUUCAAAGUAUUAAUAAAGACUGAAGGGGUUGGAGCUCUUUAUAAAGGACUCACUCCUGUUCUAUUAAGAGCCUUUCCUGCAAAUGCAGCUUGUUUUGUUGGUUUCGAAAUGUGUAGGCGAUUUUUACAUUAUCUUUUUCCCAAAGAUAGCCAACCUCUUUCUACAGGAGUGGACACUACCAAGUGAGGGGUUAUUCUUAUUGUUAAAGGUGAUUUGAAUGUACACAAAAAUAUAUAUUUUAUAUUUC